CCGCUCAUUCUGCUCUAUCGGUCGACGGCGUGCGGUUCGGGUGCUCCGUCGUAGUGGAUUUUCGUAGCGUUUCUCUUAGCGGCGUGACAAGACCCUCUUGAGCAGGCAGCCACCGUUGAAGUACCAGUGACGACACCAUGGAAACGGAGUCGUUGAAUCGCAAGAAUUCCUCGCGGAAGAGCUCCAUUGUGAAUGGGAAUGGAGAUGCCUCGACCAAAUUGACCAACGGAGAUGCAGAUGGCGGCGACGGCGGCGGUGGCGAGGUGACGCUAAAGGCCAAGAUGAGUCUCCUCAACGGCUGCACGGUCAUUGUGGGCUCCAUCAUUGGCUCGGGCAUCUUUGUCUCACCCACGGGCGUGCUGAUGUACACGGGCAGCGUGAACCUGGCCCUCAUCGUGUGGGUGGCUUCCGGACUUUUCUCGAUGGUGGGCGCCUAUUGCUAUGCCGAACUGGGAACGAUGAUCACCAAGUCUGGCGCCGAUUAUGCAUACAUCAUGGAGACCUUUGGACCGUUCAUGGCCUUCAUCCGGCUCUGGAUCGAGUGCAUGAUCGUGCGUCCCUGCUCGCAGGCCAUCGUGGCCCUCACCUUCAGUACCUAUGUGCUGAAGCCCUUCUUUCCAGAGUGCUCCCCGCCAGAAGAUUCGGCCCGUCUCCUGGCCGUUUGCUGCAUAUUGGUGCUGACCCUAAUUAACUGCUGGGACGUUAAAUGGGCCACCGCUGUGCAGGAUAUCUUCACAUAUGCCAAACUGCUGGCUUUGUUCAUCAUCAUUGCCACGGGCAUGUACCAAUUGUCACUGGGCAAUGUCCAGUACUUUACGUUCGACAACACUGACACCAGAGUCACGUCGCUGGCCCUGUCCUUCUAUUCGGGCCUGUUUGCGUACAACGGCUGGAAUUACUUGAACUUUAUCAUCGAGGAGCUGAAGGAUCCCGUCAAGAAUCUGCCCCGCGCCAUUGCCAUCAGCUGCACCCUGGUGACCAUCGUCUAUGUGAUGGCGAAUGUGUCCUUCUACACCAUCCUGUCGCCCGAUGAGGUCAUGGGUUCCUCGGCGGUGGCGGUGACCUACGCGGAGCGAGCCUUCGGGGCGUUGGCCUGGACCAUUCCCGUCUUUGUGGCCUUGUCCACCUUUGGAGCUGUGAAUGGCAUUCUUUUAACCUCGUCGCGUCUGUUCUAUGCCGGUGCCAACGAGGGACAGAUGCCCGAGAUCCUAACGAUGAUUCAGAUCCAGAGAUUCACACCGACACCAGCUGUGCUGGCCAUGGCCCUGCUCUCCAUGCUGUACCUCACCGUCUCCGACAUCUUUGCGCUGAUCAACUACGUGGGAUUUGCCACCUGGUUGAGCAUCGGCGUCUCUGUCCUGUGCCUGCCGUGGCUCCGCUGGGCCCAGCCCAAUCUGCCGCGUCCCAUCCGUGUGCCCUUGAUCUUCCCGAUUGUCUACCUGCUGGCCACCGUGUUCGUGACCGUGGUGCCCAUGUACGCCAGUCCCGUGGAGACGGGCUACGGCAUUUUGAUGAUCCUCUCGAGCAUACCCGUCUAUCUGGUGUUCAUCGCCUGGAAGAACAAGCCCAUCUGGUUCCAGAAGUUCAUGGGCGGACUGACACAAACCCUACAGAAACUGAUGAUGGUUGUGCGCCCCAAGGCGUCGUCCAAGUAAGCAUCACACACUUCCUACAAAAGCUGCUCAUGGUACUCGGAAGGCAAACGAAACCAGCUCAGGUGUAAGGAUGUAUGUUCUUCGGGCCAACAGCAAAUGAAAGCAUUUAAACAGACACUCCUCUAAUACGACAUUAUAGCCAGCCAAAAGAUACACAUAAAACACAUAGAA